GAGAGAGGGACGGCCACAAACUCGGCGCGACCAGCGGACCUACAGCGCUCUCCGCCGCGCUGGCCUGCGUCCAUCCGCGGCGGCUGCGGCUGCGGCUCCGGCUGGGUGACGGCGAUCCGGACUCUGCGCCCAAUAUCUUGUGCGAUGGCGCUGGGCCAGCGUGCUCAGUAGCCCUGGUGUUCGCACCAGACCGCCGAACACACGCCGGCAAGAUGUGGCGGUUUGUCGCGGUUUCAACCGUCGCGCUGCUGUGCUGGACCACCUGUUCAGCCGAGGACGGUGCGCUGCGUGUGUUCGCCGGCGCCAACCUGACCCUCCCCUGUCCGCACCACUCGGAGGUGGCUGACCCGCUGAUGGUGACGUGGUCGUGUCGCGGCUGCGGCCGCGGCCCGGCUCCGGUCACCGUCGCCCAGUACGGCCGAGACGGCAGCGUCAGUCGGUCCGACGGCCGCGUGCGACUGGUGCUGCCCACCUUCCAGCUGCACAUCUACCCGGCCAGCACCCAGGACGCCGGGGUGUACGUGUGCUCCGUCAACAACGCACCCAGCGCCGAGUCCAUCACCGUCACGGUGGAAGACGUGCCGCGGGCUCCGCAGCGCCCCCUGGUGGUCAGCUUCACCUCCAGGUCCGCCGAGCUCUCGUGGGCCCCGCUGUACUCGCAGACGGGCGCCUCUGCGCUCAGAUACCUCCUGCAGAAACGCCGGUACGACCCGCCGGCGCCGUGGGACCUGCAGCACGAGAUCACCAUCCCGGAUAACAGGACCACCUUCAACGUCACCGGCCUCAAGCCUUUCACCGCCUACAGCUUCCGCAUCUUCUCGGUCAACAAAGUCGGCCGCAGCCUGGCCAGCGAGCCCUCCUACCCGAUGGUCACGCACCGAGAACCGCCGAGCGGCAAGCCCACCGUCGUCAAAACGUUCAGUCCCACCGCUGACACCAUUGAGGUCAUCUGGAGGCCGCCGGACCGCUCCGAGAUGAACGGAGAGUUCAUCGGUCACGUGAUUGCGUACCGACCACGUGACCUGGACGGGGCGGAGUGGACUACGAUCGACCUACCCGGCAACGUGAACGAAACCACAAGCUAUAUAAUCGAGGACUUGACGCCCUAUACGGAGUACCUAAUACGAGUCGGCAUCAAGAACAUGGUGGGACUCGGACCGUACGCCGUCGUCAGGGAAACGACCUUGGAAGGAGUUCCAGACCGGCCGGAAAACCUCACGCACUCGCUGGUCGGGGACAGCUGGGCGUUGCUAACGUGGAAGGAGCCGGUGCAUCCCAACGGCGUCAUAGUGGGGUACUACCUUUACUUCGAGUUCACUCGGGGAAUCAGGAGCAUCACAGACAACAGGAUCAUCAGGGAGGCCAGGCCGCAAAUGGCUUAUAACUUGACAGGGUUAGCUGCUUACACGCGUUACACAGCUUGGGUUCACGCCAAGACGAGCAAGCACGAGGGCCAGAAGUCGGAGAACCUGGUGUUCCGCACGGACGUGGGCGGGCCGAGCGCGCCGCUCUUGUCCAACGUCACGUGCCAGGCCGACACCUCCAUCUACGUGCGCUGGCGGCGGCCGGAGCGGGUACGGGGCUCCAUCGACCUGUACUACGUGCGCUACCGGAGCGAGUACGACACGGACUUCGAGCAGAUCCAGAUUCCUACGGCCGUCAGCGUCGAGCAAGAGCAGCUCGCACUCAAGAACCUGACAACGGACACCAUGUACGAAGUCAGCGUGGUCGGCGUCACUAAAUCUCGGUUCAACACCUCUGUCCUGUACUGGGGCCAGUCGUCGGAAUCCAGGAAGGUGAUGCUGCAGCCCGACUGUGAGAAGAUCCAGUACCUGAAGAUGAUGAACUCCCGGCGGACCGGCUGGGAUCUCAGCUCGGGCAUGGUCGCUGGCGUAGCCUGCGCCAGUUUCGCCUUGCUUCUCGCCAUGACGGCGUUCUUCGUUUGGAGGAAAUACUUUCAGGCGGCCUAUAACUACCUGGACGAGCCGAGCAAGACGUGUAGCACACUCUCCACCGAAUGGGAGAACGACUCCCCGGACGGCAGCACGGCCGGUCCCAUCCCUGUCCACCUGUUCCCCAAACACGUCAGUAGACUACACGCCGACGGCGACAUCGGCUUCAGCAAAGAGUACGAGGCGAUCCAGACGCAGACGUUGCUGGACGGCUACGCGUCCGACCUCAGCCAGCAUACCGAAAACAAGGACAAGAACAGAUACCUCAACAUUGUGGCUUACGACCACACGCGGGUGCCUCUGCAGCUGAUGGGGUCGCAGAAGCAGUGUGACUACGUGAACGCCAAUUACAUUGACGGCUAUCAGAGGAGACGGGUCUACAUCGGCACUCAAGGCCCGCUGCCGGCCACGUUUGACAGCUUCUGGAGGAUGGUGUGGGAACAGAACGUCCACGUUCUCGUCAUGAUCACCAAUCUGGUGGAGCGAGGCAGGGAUUCGGACAAAGAGCCAUCCGGGGCGCACUUUGAGAAAAAGUGCGACAUGUACUGGCCGCAGGAGGGAACGGAGACUUUUGGAGUCAUUCAGGUCACCUCUCUAGGCCAAGAUGUCAUGGCGACGUACACCAUCAGGAAAUUCCGAGUACAACACAUGAAGCUGAAGAAGAAGCGCCGGGCGUCGACGGAGAGGACGGUGUACCAGUACCACUACACCAACUGGCCGGACCACGGCAUCCCCGAGAGUCCGCUGCCGAUCCUCAGCUUCGUCCGGAAGUCGGCCGCCGCCAACCCGGAGGGAGCCGGGCCCAUCGUGGUCCACUGCAGUGCGGGUGUUGGGCGGACCGGCACCUACAUUGUCCUGGACUCGAUGAUGCGGAUGAUCCGGGCGAAGGGCGAACUGAACGUCUUUGGCUUCCUCAAGUACAUCCGGACGCAACGCAACUUCCUGGUGCAGACCGAGGAGCAGUACAUAUUCCUGCACGACGCUCUGCUGGAGCUGAUCGAAAGUGGCGAGACCGAUAUACACCGUACUUUUCUGCGGCGAUAUUUGCACAACCUCCUAACCACAGAGGAGGAUGUCUAUCCUUGGUACAACCUCGACAGACAGUUCAGGCUGGUCACUUACGACCAGGCGUCGGACUUCAACAUGACCUCGGGGCGUCACCCGGCCAACGUGCACAAGAGCCGGCGAGGUGAGCUGCUGCCCACCGAGGCGAGCCGCGUGUGCGUCACGCCGCGGCCGGGCGUCGAAUGCUCCGACUAUAUCAACGCCUCCUGGCUGCCGGGCUUCAGCCGGCUGCGGGAGUUCGUGGUGACGCAGCACCCGCUGGCCUCGACGCUGGCCGCCUUCUGGCAGAUGGUCUGGGAUCACAACGCCCAGACGAUCGUUCUGCUCAGUCCUGUGGAUGACCAGGAGUACUGCAUCUUCUGGCCGCUGGAACACGACGACAUUGACUGCGAGCAGUUCCGGGUCCGCUUCACGGCCGAGGCUCAGGGUGGACACUACGUGCUGCGGGACUUUACCUUACAAUCACACACGGACGACUACGAGCUGGCGGUGCGCAUCAUCCAGUGCUCCAACUGGCCGGCGACCUGCUCGCCCGUCGGUCAUGUGUUCGACCUGAUCCAGGUGGUGCAGCGCUGGCACCUGGAGUACCAGAACGGGCCGUGCGUGGUGGUAGACCGCUUCGGCGGCACCGAGGCCGCCACCUUCUGCUGCCUGACCACGCUGAUGAAGCAGCUGGAGUACGAGUCGCACGCCGACGUGUACAUGUACGCGCGACUGUACCACACGCGGCGGCCGGGCGUGUGGCGGGUGCAGGACGACUUCCUGCUGCUGUACCGGGCGGCGGAGGCGCUGUCGAUCCUGAAGAAGGGCGGCACGUGCCAGCGCCAGCGGUCCGUGCGCUGCAGCGACACUCUCGUCAGGAUCCCGCCCGACGGCAUGGAGAGUUUCGUGGUGGACGUCGGUGAAGACCUGUCGAGUCCGUAG